CAAGCAAUCAUCACCGCCAUGCUUACAAAUAAACUCCUCAACCUUGGGCUUACAACCCUCCUCACUUCCGUCCUCGCCAACCCCCUCAUCCCCAGUCUCGAGCACCGCCAGCUCGGUUCCUGCGCCACCGUUCCUUGUGCUCCCGGUCUCUGCUGCUCGAUCUACGACUACUGCGGUACCGGGCCCGAUUACUGUCAAGUUGGCUCGUGUGUUGGCGGUGUGGGUGGGACCUGUGCUGCGGGAAUGUGUUGCUCGAUUUACGGUUAUUGUGGAGUAGGAGACGGAUAUUGCCCUCCAACGACGACAUCUUCAAGUACGUCGUCGAGUGCUUCCCCUACACCUACGGGAACCGUGAAUCAGUGGGGUCAGUGUGGAGGCCAGGGUUAUAACGGACCAACAACUUGUGUGGUGCCGUAUAAGUGCACUUUUUACAGUAUUUGGUGGUCUGAUUGCAGAUGAGAGUGGUAGCUGGUAAGGUCUUGGGAAGUGGCUUGGGGUUUCGGUGACAUUAAUGGAUCAAAUGAGCGUUAUGAAUGGGUAUGAUAAUUAUGAGGGUACUGUAACAAAGGAAACUUUUGAAAAGUAUUAAUACCGGAGAUAUCAUGUAAUAGAGAUAUCAGAGUGACGAGGGCAGGG